AUGGCCACGAUGACAGCUGGAUUGAUGCCCAUUGCUACUCCAGCGCUCCUCACAUCGCUAAAGAAUCAACCACAUGUUCCCAAGCAUGCUUGGUAUUUCAUUGCUGCCACGACUUUGACCAUACUGAAUCGGCCAGAUGAGAUACCGCAAGUCUACAAUCAUGUCAUGAAACACGGCCUCGGUCCUGAUGAUGUGAAGCCGGGCCCGGAGGAACACCUCACAAUCUUGAGGAAGCUACGUGAAGCACUCGUCAAGGCUUCUGCAGUUGGAGGCCUGCCCAAGACCAUCAAUUCUCUCAUGGAGUUGAAGAAAGUGACACCGGAGCACCUACUAGAUGAGCCGCAAGGUGCGAAUGAUACGCUUUCUUCAUCGCCGACUGCACGGCAUGUGGACAUACACCACACUCCCUCUUCCAAGAUCUUGCAGCGCGGCCAGGGCUUCUGGGAUAACAUCUACGGCAAAAUAUCGAGACGGGUAAUGAGUCAGAUGGACCGCUCGGGCACGGAAGACCUCGGUUUAACCGCUCGGCUGAUGUAUGGGUACAUACUCAGCAAUACCAACGUUCUGUCUCCAGUAGAGACAUCCUACGUUCUCAUUGCGGGGUUGAUACCGCAGGAUGUGAAUCCUCAGCUGAAGGGUCAUCUCAAAGGCGCUCUCAACGGUGGCGCAUCUGCCGAGGAGGUGAGGGCUGUGAGAGGCAUCGUCAUGGACAUAUGCAAAGCUUCAGGCAUGAACCAACUCGGUGACGGUGUACCUGGUGGAUGGGGCUGGCGAAGCGAGGUUGCAACUAAAGCCCUCACGAGGCUUCUCAGCACCGAGGAAAGCCUCGUGGUAGGCAGAAUGAUAUGCUUCCUGCAAUACAGCACACAUCACGAUACUGGGGACGAGGCUCGGCGGGCAAUCAAGAGGUUCCGCCGCGGUCACAAUUCCGCAAUAGACGAGGCCGGAAGCGAUACACUUAGCGACGAGAGCACGGCGAAGGUUGACUGGCCCACAAACGCUGGCACCCAAGUGUCCGAGUUGAGUUAUGAUAUUUGUGUUCCCGUGAUAUGA